AUGCGCUACGGUGCCACCGCCUUCUGGCUGACAGCCCUGCUGUGCCUCCGCUGCGCUUCCUCUGCGCCGCGCAGAUCCCAGGCAGCGCCGGCGCUGGUGUCCCCCGUCCUGGCAUGGGGCACCAAGCCGCUGUUCGCACUGUCUGGGACCUCGCAAGUCUCGUACGAGACCUUACCUCUGUCACAGGCCUGGAGCGGACUCUUGAAAGAUGUCCUGGUGAAAGAUCCUUCCCUUGGGCUGGCAGUGAUCUUCGUGAGCCACCAGGUGGAAACUUGGGAGCUGGGACAGCUGGGUUCAUCUCCGCUGUUGGAGCCCCUGCGUUCGGCCAUGCAAAAUGCGCCUUCCUCGGUUGCCUAUGUCAACCUGCUGAAUGAGGGACAGAGCGCUGCAGGGUUAACUGCAUCAGUUUAUGACACUGCUGCCCAAAUAGGAGCUGAUGUUCAGGUUCUGGGACCCUGUUCAUCUGGGGAGCAUGCCGAAGAUGUUGGUGUUGGCUUCGAAAGGAUCAUUGGGAAAACACUGUCGGACAAGCCUUGUGUUGUCCUGGUCUGUGGAUCAGGGGACAGUGCUGAGGAGAUGGCCCAACUGCGCAGCGUCCUCACGGCUUUGCAGUCCAGAAGAGGGGAUCAUGCAUGCUUAUUUGUCUCAGACAUCCCUGAAGAUGAGCUUGUACUGGCCAGCCGCAGAAGGUCCCUGCUUCAACAAAAUGUCUCUUCACUUGGCGCGGACGUGUGCGAUGAAUUGUGCCAAACACAAGUCAAGUUUGUUGAGGGGGCCAUCCUUUUGCUGUUGAUGGCGUUUGCAGCUGUAGUAGGACUGUGCUGCCUGAGCAUCAUGGACACACCAUCCGCCUUCGAAAAGAAACGGGACGCGGAGUAG